AUGGACGACACUGAUGAUUGGAGCAUAAUUUUUGAGAAGUCUGAAGCGUGUACGUUUAAAUUUCCUCGUGAAUUAACGAGUUGUCACGAACAGUUCAAGUUCCUCAUAGAGAAAGGCUGUAAAACUUUGCUUGAUGAUUCUCAGUUAUCAGGAAUUGAAAACUUUUUUACGAACAAAGUGUCACUGAUUCAGGGCCCUCCAGGAACUGGAAAAUCAUUUUUAGGCAUCAAAAUUCUCAGAUUGAUGCUUUCCAUGAAAUUUCAUAAGCGCUAUCAAGGACCAAUAUUGAUCAUUUUUUUGGUUGAUUGCACAAAAUAUGUGUCGAACAUCGUCCGGAUUGGAAGAACCUCACGAGAGGAGCUUAACAACAUUCUACUUAACAAAGUCAUUCAUGAAACAGGAAUUGAGAAAAAACAUCGCCCAAGCUACAUGAAAACUUGUACACAAAUGCGAAUUGCAAAGAGAAACAUUAAAAAGCUCUUUAGAUAUUUGUCAAUACCGCAUUUUACCGUUAAAUCAUUCCUUGAGGUUGCUAGCAAAGAACAUAUUAGCUCUCUUUUGAGCAUGUCACCUGAUUCAGAAGAGAACGAAGAAAAGACUUUAGAAGAGAAAUUAAAAAUAUGUGUGAAGACAUGGCUGGAGGAGGCAAAAAGUCAAGUUGAAAGCUCCUUAACGAAAAAAAGAGUUGAAAAAUUUCGCUUCAAGACAGAAAGCAGGAACGAGGAAGAAGUUUUGCGUGGUGAAGCAUUUGACUCAAAUGUUACGUCUAAAGAAAGGCAACAGGAUACUGUGGAAGAUGAGGUGCCUUUGGACGACGUAAGUGCGUCAUACGAUGAAAUUCAAGAGGGUGUUAACAAUGAAGAACCGUUAACUGAUGGUAUCGAAAUUUCAUCAGCUGAGCCAGAUGAAUAUGCUAGUCUUCUUGAUGAAGAUGAUCUGUGGUCUUUAACUUCGACACAACGUGCUAAUUUCCUUCGUGCUUUACGUGGAAAACUUUUUGCAGAAUUUAGGGAAGCUGUUGAAUCGUUUGAAAAGAAUAAACGUUUUCGUCAAGAUUUUCUUGAUGAACGCACAGUUUGCGUUCUAAAAAAUUUUGAUGUUAUUGCCAUGACAGUUACUGGAGCUGCAACUCGUUCACAUUUGUUGGAGAAAUUGAAGCCUUGCGCUGUGAUUGUUGAAGAAGCUGCAGAAAUAAUGGAGGGUCAAUUGUUAAAACAACAAUGUCGAAUGCGUGAUGAUAUAGCCGAUCUUCUUCGUGAGAUAAAAAUCUACGACAACUUAGAAACAAAAAAAGAGAAAAUUAAAGACAACGAGCCGCCUCUGUGCAUUGGAGAAAGCCUGUUCUUUCUUAAGCACACAAAAAAAGAAACUUACCCCUCUGGAUCAAGAAGUCCUUUUAAUGAUUACGAAAUAAACAGGAUUCUUGAAGUAUCUCAAUACUUGAUGAGAAAUGGCUAUAGUCCUGCUGAUAUUACAGUCAUCUGCCCUUACAAUGCACAGGUAAAUAGAAUGAAAGGAAAAUUUCUUCUUGAAGCAAAUAAACCUUCUGAACAGUAUUUUACAAAGCUUAAAGAAAUCAAGAUAACAACUAUUGAUAGUUUUCAGGGGGAAGAAAACAAAGUGAUUUUGCUGUCGCUAGUACGCAGUAAUGAGAACCAGAAGAUUGGUUUCUUGAGUAGUGGUAACAGAAUAUGUGUCGCAAUUUCAAGGGCAAAAUGUGCAUUGUACAUUUUUGGAAAUCCAAGUGUUUACACGUUGUCUGAGAAAUGGGCUAAAAUCAUCAGAUUGUUUGAAAACAGAAAACUAAUUAGCUCCAAGUUCCCGUUUAAAAUGAACUCGAGCAGGUAACCGACAGGGACCCUUUAUAUGAGAUAUUUGAAGACAGCACAAAGCUAUCAGGACGAGAAAUUGAUUUCCUAUCCGAACGAAUUGGUUCAAGUUAUGAUAGAAUUGGACGUCUGGAAAAUCUGCCAGAACAUACUGUCCAAGAAGUAAUUGAUAACAAUGUCCAGUAUCCAAGUCCAAGUAAAAAAGCUGCUCGAACGCUAGGUCUGAUAAACGAAAAACAAGACUUUGGACGGAAAAAACUUACAGAGCACCUUAAUGAAGCCAAUGUUGAGAUACAUGAAGAAGUAUUACUAGGGACUUGGUGGCAUUCUCCGACAUGAAGCAAGUUACAUGUAUGUGCAUUCUCAUUAAGUAAAGAAAAUGUCUUUUUCCAAUUUUAGGUGUAGAAGCCUUUUAAAUGUCCAAUUUCCAAUGCCAUUACAAAUUCAGGUUUUCAAAUUUUAAAUUUUAAUGCAAUAUUGCGAAGAUCGUAUUUUACAAAAAUUACGACUGCCAAAUAGUGUUAUAGUUAAAAACUCAUUCUAUACUGAUGAUGACAUGUAAGUCUUGUCGAAAAGGUUAAUAUAAAUAUUCAUUUCUUA